AUGGCGGAGGGUGAGCCAUCCUACAUAGACUAUGAGGCCUUCCUAGACCCGGAGUUCUCUCCGGCGUCAUUCGCCAAUUCCCUGGUGCUGAGCACCAACAAUGCCACAGACACACCGCUGGAUUUAUCAACACCGCUAUCACGAGUGCUAUUUGAUCUCCAGGAAAUCGACACCCACAUCCAUACGUUGACGACUAAGUCGGCUCUCCCGCUGCUCGCACACACACAAGAUCAGACUGCGUCGGCGGAACGCAUUCUCAAGGAAGCCGGGACGCAAGUCACCUCCGUGACGCAAGGAUAUGAACGGUUAGAGAAGGAAGUGGUGCGCAAAUGGGAAGCGGCCGAAGAGGCGCGAAUCGCCGCCGAGAAGUCACUCGCAACAGUUCGGCUCGCACGGGCGACGGCACGCUGUCUGACGCUGGGCCGGCAGCUGGAGAGCCAGGUCGCCGAAAUCACGGGCCGAGGUGCAGCAGGACAGGCUGCGUUGGCAAAUCCGGAGGGAACGGUAUCCACAACGGGCAAGGACGGGUUCCGAGCUCUGGAACGAGCUGCAUACACGAUUCUGAAUCUGCGGCAGAUGUUCUUGGCGUCAGCCGAGGGCGACGAGGGCUACGGCUUGGACCGAGUCAAGGUCAUCCGCACUCUUCGCCAGGAAUUUGUGAUCCCCGCCGAGAAUAUGGUCAAGGCACGAGCCCAGCAGACUAUCAAUCGCUUCUCCAUAUCGUCCACUUCCAACGCUACUUCAAAUGGCCAGUCUGCCAUGUCGUCUGGCUAUAAGCAAGCUCGGGAUGCCCGAGCGCGACUGGCCACAGCUGCCACUACUUUAUAUUUACUCUCGCCCAUGUCUCCCGGGCCUGUGACCACGGCCGAGUACAAGCCUGAGCUUCUCCUCUCGACAUUACAGGGGUACAUGCACACCGCGAUCAUGACCUCGGUCAAUGCCCUCGCCCGGGCAUUGACCCAGCUACCAACCAUGGAACGGACUCUCGACGACGUCUCUGGCCGAUGCCAGGAUAUUGUUGCGUUAGAGGCUAUCCUUCGAAACCUGCGAACACCCACACACCCUCUGCUGGCACCCCCCGUCCCCGAGGACCAGCCUGCUCCCGAUGGGGCGUCAUCGGCAGCAGCCUCGACCAAGGCGAAUCUCCUCCAGCCCCUCCUCCAAGCCCUGGACACGACGUCAUCGCUAGCGUCCUAUUACUGGCGCUCGCUCGCCUCCCCUCUCAAGGCGCGCGUCCAGGAGAUCCUAAGCCGGGGCGGCAUGUCGGCCCGCGCGCUGCGAUCCAGCCGUGACCGGCUCCGGACCGAGAUCAAGGAUUGCGUGCUUCGUGGUUCGCAGGGGUCUGCCACGGACGCAGGCACUGCUAGGGCCUGGGAAAUGGAAGCUGCGGUGAUGGUGAGCGCGGUGGUUGGUCCACUGGGGCGGUAA